CUCGGAGGAAACAGCAGCAACAGGUCUGUAAGGAUGGAAGGAUAAUGACGGUAACAUGCGGGCUUCCAAACGCCUGACCCUAUCAGAGGAGAGAUGAGGCACCUAGACGUUGGUUUACAAUGUGCAGCGUCCACUACAACCACUCCCUUGCUGCCAUGAGCGGAAACGACAUGAUGGCGCACUCUCUGACUCUGGAGCAGAAGACGGCGUUCGCCUUCGUGGGGAUGCUGCUGGUGUUCCUGGGGCUCUUGAUAGUUAGGUGUUUCAGGAUCCUGUUGGACCCCUACAGCAGCAUGCCCUCCUCCAACUGGGCCGAUGGCAUCGAGGGGCUGGAGAAAGGGACGUUUGAGUACGCCCUGACUUAG